AUGCAGUUCAGGCUAGGCAAGCGCGUCGCCCGGGUUGCCGCAUGGGUCCUUCGUCGGGUCAGAAUCCGAUCCAGAUACCACCGCCUCGGAUCCUCUCCUUCGCGGAACUGUUAUAAUAUUAAUCCCAUGACGAAGCUUCUCACGUGGGGGAGAAAGUUGAAGAGAGGAGCGAGGUCUCUUUGCAAUAAAUCCGGGUCAGGUUACCUCCCUAUCGGGUCGGGUUCCGUUUGCGAGAGGACUCCGGCAGUGCCAAAAGGGCACUUGGCGGUUUACGUGGCGGAGGACGACGGUGAGUGUCGCCGUGUUUUGGUGCCCGUGAUUUACUUCAACCACCCCCUGUUUAGCGAUUUGUUACGGGAAACGGAGAAGGAAUUCGGGUUCGAGCACCCCGGUGGGAUUACGAUUCCAUGCCGACUCACCGAGUUUGAACGGGUCAAGACCCGGAUCGCCUCCGGUUCGGGUUUACGCGGGAGGACCCGGAGAUUGGGGUGGCGGCUACAUUCUUGA